AUGAAACCUAUGUUUUACUUCCUUCUUGCCUUAACCGCUGUUUUGGCCGCGACCACAAACGCCGGUGAACCAGUUCUCGACGUUGAAGGCCGCCCCAUAUUCGACGGCAGUUACUUCGUUCUCCCCGCCAUCUUUGGCCCUGCAGGUGGCGGCCUGACUCUCGCCCCUCAUGGUGACAAGCCAUGCUCCUUCGAUAUCGUGCAGGAAUCUUCAGAGAUCAAGAUGGCCAUUCCCGUAAGAUUCUCAAAUUGGAUGUCUGGAGUUGGGUUCGUUCCCGAAUCAGUGCCCCUCAACAUCGAGAUGGACAUCAAGGCUACGAUCUGCGUCCAGUCUACCUACUGGUGGGUAGAUGAGUCCUACAGGGAGAGUGAAACGCGGUUCGUAGGGGCUGGUUUGAAGCCAGAAGGAUAUUCAUCGAAGAGUUUCUUCCUGAUCAAGAAAUCUGGAGAUUUUCGUAACGGUUACAAGUUUGUGUUUUGUCCUAGAUAUUCCGAUUGCAUCGAUGUCGGGAUAUUUGUGGACGAAAAUGGAGCUCGGCGUUUGGCUAUAAGCUCUACGCCAUUCUCGGUUGUCUUCGUGAAAGCUACUGAGACAGAGACUUCGUCCAAGACUAUGUCUAUUAUCUGA